UCAUGGUUCCUCUUCAAACCGAAAACCCUAAUCGCCAAAAACCCUAGAUCAAAAUUCCUCUGCAUCUUCAUCUCUCUUAAUCCUGUCCGACAACCUUCAAUCGAUCUGCAAGACGCAAUACUCCUCUCUCUCUCUCUCUCUCUCUGAAUAUCAUCUAUGAAUCAUCAAUCAUCGGCUUUGAAGCCUUUAUACUCGACGGUUGUAGAAGUUUCUACCUCCAAGACCGGCAAGCACGUGUUGCAGACGGGUCUGUAUCGAAGGUUUUGCUUUGUUUACUUGUUAUGAAUUUUUUGUUGAUUGGAUUUUUGGAUCCAUUUUGGUAUGAAUUUGAUUGGCGUGGUUCAUGAUUUUAAGAAAAGAUUUGCUGAAGAAAGUGAUGAGUUUGAAGAAUUUGGAGCAAAAAGAGCAAAAAUUAGAGAUCUUGAAUUUGUUUUUCGUUCAGAAGGGAAAAUAAAGCAUAACAUAGCUUCAGCAAUUGAUAUCAAUGCUAAAGAUGAUGGUCCAUCAUGUGUUGAUGACACAACUUUAUCGCAAUCGAAGAUGAAUUGUGUAAAGUCGAGAGGUUUCGCAUUUGAUCUAAACAUCGAAGAUGAUCAAGAUCAAGUGAAACCGCGUGAUUCAUUGUCGGAAUGUGGGAGUACUUGUCAUUUAGGGGGUGAGCGAGACUCGGUGAGGGUUUGGAAUGAAAUGAAGAGAAACGGGUUUUUAAUAGUAUGGAAACUAAUCUUUAUUGUUCUAUGUUCUGCUCUUCCUUUUUUUUUUGUACCAGAUUCCAUAUUUAGUCUCACAAUGUUAUUCUUUGUCAUAUUUUAG